ACCUUCACCCAGAUAUGCUCCCCAGCGACCCGACACCUAGGAGUGCGGUGCAACGCAUCUCACUUACUGCUCUCACUGCAGGGAGACUACGGCUCACGAGGACAACAGGUAGACUACACAAAACAGAUGCUCAUUCUGUUCCGGCCACGAAAAUCGUCGAACACUCGCGGGUUCCCUGACAGCUCAAACAUCGGCCGUCACGCCACGUCACGCGCACGGCGAUUGCGGUUUUCCCAAGCGGCCACGCAGCCAAUCCUGUGGAGGAGGAAGUCAAACGUCGCCACGCCGAGAGGCUACGAAGAGAGGCCAGCAUGAGAGGCCACGAGGCUUGAAAAGGCUUAGAACCUAUACCUUACUCGGGCUGCUACGUCCAUCGUUCCUAAGCGCCAGGGAAUAAGAUAUCUCGCCCAGUGACGGAAGUUCUAGCGCGUCCACCACUGGUAGGCCACUUCACCCGUUGCGUGCGCGGAAUGUGGGCCCAUGGCCGCGCCGUCGCAUCCUCCUCUGCUGAUGCCGCAUCUGCAUCUGCAUCUACAUCUGCUGCUGCUGCUGCUGCUGCUGCUGCUGCUGCAGGGAGGGCCACGUCGCCUGUGGCAAGCCUUUGGGACGAACUACUAUGGGAGGAAGACGAGGAGGGAGAGGAGCGAAUCUUAAGUGACGAGGGUAGAGGAGGGGCAGGACGAGGGCAUGUCACGGGAGCUGAUGGAAUGGUUGUUAGUGGCGGGGGUAUCAAUGGUGGGCUUGGAUGCGGGGAGGAGGAGCCGUGGGACGAUGGUGUGUGCGCCAUCCCUAAUGCGUAUACCAUCCCUGUUUCUGACCAUAGGCAUUGUGCUGCUGCUCUUCCGCCUCCUCCUCCCCAUCCGUCUGCUUCUGCCUUUCCUAUUUCUCCUGCUCCUUCUCCUCCUCCUCCUCCUCCUGCUCCUCCUGCUCCUGCUGUUCCUGCUGCUGGGGAUGCCACAUGUGAGCAUGCCUGUGAAGGAAUCGAUCACUCCACAGCCCAUCACGGCUAUGAUACCCGUUCCUUCUGUCCCCUCCCAUCCGCCUUUCCAUCCUCCCUUCCAUCCUCCCUCGCUCGCCACUCUAAUAGUUCUCCCCAGAGCCCCCACUCUCUUCCGCCCGUCCCUUCAUCCCCCCAUUUCGUGCUUGCCCCCUGUUCCCCCGCGUGCACCUGCAUUCUCUGCUCGCUGCUUCCGCCCUUCGCUGCUGCCACUGCUGCUGAUGCCACCGAUACUCCCACACCCGCCAAACCAGUGGCACCCGCAGCAGCUGCGCCAGCACCAGCACCCGCAGCAGCAGCUGCACCGUCACCAGAAUUGCCACUACCAGCAUCAGCAGCGAGACCAAUACCACCAGCACCAUCAUCACCACCACUAUCACCAUCACCAGCAGCAGCGGCAUUGCCGCAUGCAGUUUCGCCUCUGUCGUCUGUGAGUUCUCCUUUCAAGCGCCAGCGGACGGAGCUGGCAGCAUGGGGAGGGGUCGCACCUAGCAGCAAGCGAACCGCGCACACAGUUGUGGCAGCCAUGGAAGGAAACGACCUAGCAAGUGGAAGCAAAGGGCAGGGCGCAGAGAUAGAGGCAUGGUGUUCGGCCUUUCAGAUAGAUGAAAAGAUAGGGGGAGAUGGCGGGAUGCAGAACGGAUGGCAGCAGGCAAGAGAGGGUGGUGUGCAGAGCGGAAUUGAUGGCGAUUGUGGAGGGUUGGGUGGUAAGGCAUUGGGGUUGAUGGCUGGAAGUGCUGGUACGGAAUCUAGAGGAUUUGGCAGUGGUGGUGGUGGUGGUGGUGGUGGUGGUGGCAGCGGUGUUGGUGGUGGUGGUGGUGGUGGUGGGGUUGGCGGUGGGGGUGGUAAUGGGAAAGGUUAUGCGAGUGGGAGUGAAGGAAGGAGUUUGGGCGGCAGUAGGAGUGGUCAUGAGGGUGGGGGCCAGGGAGGCAGGCCACCCAACCUGGCUUCUCGCCUGGCUGCCCUCGUCACAAAAGCCACCACCACCACCACCGCCACCGCCACCGCCACCACCACCACCACCACCACCACCACCCCUACUCCAGCAGCAGCAGCAGCAGCCGCAGCAAGAAGCAACCAGCAGCUAUCCCUGUUCCAUGUGCCCCGGGCUGUUCCUCCCCAGGGCGACCUCGUGGAGCUCACGCUACUCGACGAUCUGACACGGCCCCUGCCCCGCCUCUGCUCCACAUUCGAUUCCCUUCCUCCUCCUAACUCCGCCCCUGGUGUGUCGGCCCACGGCAUGCACACACACAUGGGCACUGGGGUGCGGGCGGGGAUAGGCACAGGAAUGGGCAUGGGUAUGGGCAUGGGUGCCGGCCGCAGCCGGUACGGGGGCAGCAGGUUACCAGGGCUAUGGAGAGAAUUACAGGAGACAGGGGUUCACAUCAACAUCCCAUGCGCAUCGCACACGCCACGUGGGAGCAUGGGGGGAAGGGUUUCACCCAUGGGGAGCCACCCCCAGGCAACAGCUCUGGAGGAAAGCGCAGCAUUUGCUGACAUAGAGCAGCGGUCUCUGGGUAUUGCGGGCCGUGCCUGGGAGGGGGGUAGAGCAGGGGAAUGUGAGGGAAUUGAGGGAAGGGUGGGAGUUGUGGGGGCUGGAGGGGGUAUUGGAAUUGGGGGUGAAGCAGUCGCUGAGGCAGGAGGUGGACGAGGAGGAGGAGGAGAUGGGGAGGGGCUAGGGGUGUCGAGUGAGUUUCUGUGUGCGGACCUGCUGGGCAGGUCGGGUGCGUCCAUUGAGGCGCGGCUGAGAGCGCGGUUGAUGGCCCUGGCUGAAGCCAUCGCCACACACGACGAG